UCACCCAGUUUCAGGAUCAAACACACACUCAAUGAGAAAAGGGCUUUGGGCAGAAGGGAAGCGCAGAUCUCAGGUAACCCCCUCAAGUCAGCAAACAAGCAGGAAAAAAAGGACGCGCAAAAAGAGGAGAACAAAAUCCGAAAGGAAAAGGUUUUUUUUUUUUGAUGAAUAAGGAUUUUCGACUACUCGGAUACACGCUGGGCAUAUCUGGAGGAAAAGAAAAAAACCCUGCAAGGACUAAAACAGAAGAUUUUUUUCCCUGCUGCGCUUGACGAGGAGAAAAGGGGAAUUUUCGGACGGAGAUGAAGACGAAAAAGGGUUUGAUGAUGUUGUCAGGGAGCGAGACGGAUGACGAGGACAGCGUGGACGCCCCUCUGGAUCUGUCGUCCAGCACGGGGAGCAGCGGGAAGAGGAAACGCAGGGGAAACCUGCCCAAGGAGUCCGUUCAGAUCCUCAGGGACUGGCUGUACGAGCACCGCUACAAUGCUUACCCCUCUGAACAGGAGAAAGCCCUCCUGUCCAAGCAGACUCAGCUCUCCACACUGCAGGUGUGCAACUGGUUCAUUAACGCCCGGCGGCGGCUUCUCCCGGAGAUGCUGCGGAAAGAUGGCAAAGACCCCAACCAGUUCACCAUCUCCAGGAAAGGCAGCAAAGCGGGCGACAGCUUCUCUGACAGCUCCCAGUCUCCCAAACACGCCAGUACUGCAACAGGCGCAGAGGAGAGCUAUGACAAGCGUGUCCUCCACCCCUCCAGUUUUGAACCCGCCAUGCCCAGUGUCCUAAGGAAGGCCGUAUCCCCUUCCACACCCUCUCCCACCUCCACCUCCCCCUCCCCGGGGCCCAUGCCCACCCGCCCGUCUGUCAUCUGUCACACCACUGUCACCACAGCGAUGCAGGCCAGCCCCACAGCCGCCCUUCCCCCUGUGCCGGGAAUGAACUCAGACAGGGCGGCUGAGCUGCUGCAGUCCACACAGGCUCUGGGGAUGCUCAGGUGCCGUGAGGAAGGGCUGGGCAGCCAGCCAGUUUCAACCACUACCACCAUCCCGAGCAGCACCGGCAUGGAGGGCAACCUGAGCCCCCGCAGUGGGCUGUUCAACACCCCUCCCCCCACCCCACCAGACCUCACACAGGACUUCAGCGGCUUCCAGCUCCUGGUGGAUGUGGCCCUCAAACGGGCUGCUGAGAUGGAGCUGCAGGCCAAACAGCUGGUCUCUUAAAAGGAGAGAGUGACAGAAGAGGACAGAAGAAGAAGAGGAGGGAAAAAAAGAGACCGACUGUGUCUCGCAACUUUGGGACUCCUCCGCCGAGUACAGUGACUUGUCUGCACGCCUGCAACAGAGAACAAAUCCACAUGAAAGCCUGAUCAUUUCUAUUUUUGGUAUACCAAUCAAAUUGAUGAGGAUGUUUUUUAUUGAAAAGAAAACAAACUGUUUCAAGGUGCCUUGGCUGUUAGUUGUUUAUUAAUUUCAUAUACAUGCGUUAUGUAUCUACAUGUGUAUCUUAUUUGCACACAGGGACCAAAAAUGUUAUCAGAUGAAUGCUGCCUGUCUUACGUCUUUCCUUUAUAUAUCAUUUUAGAGAAAGGAGUGAGAGGCAGAUUCACGCCUCCUCCAAAGACCAAUGUAAAAUGGGAUUGGUCGACUCCACACCCGUUUACUGUUUUACAUUUCAGAGAUCAGUUCAUGAUUGGUCUGCCUCGUUUGUUUGCACACUAAGGCAGAGGAAGGUCAUCUCAGUGUCUUAAACAUACUUUGCUCUUGGCAUCUAUGACGAACUUAUUCACUACUGUAGUAAAUGUUAUGUGUUCUCAUGAUAAGAGUAUAGUUUUGAUUUUGUAAUUUACUUUUACUUUUUUUUUGGCUAUUUUAAAAGAAAAAAAAACCUCUGCUUUUUUUUGUUUUGUUUUUCUGUUUUAUUCACGUUUUCCCACCAAGGGAUAUUUCAGAUGACCAAUGUAGCAGGUUCGUAGUCUGAGCCUUCACCCCAUCACUCAGCGUAGCGACGGCCAGUGGACUGGAAAAUGCAACACUACAAAUGUCUGUUCUGCAUUUGCUGUUUUACAACCAGACAAAGACAGCGUUUUGAAAUCACCAAAAAAAAAAAAAAGGCAUUUUCAUGUACAAUAGGACCAUGUGUAUAAUUAAUGUGA